AUAAAAGAAGAAUAUUUGUGUGUAAAUAAGAAUAUAAAAUGUAUGAAUCUCCGAAGAGCCUUCUUGAGGUUUGCAUUGAUUUUAUUUGCAACAAUGUUUUGGGUUUGUGUGACGUACGUUUUGGUGAUAUGGAAGAACACUCCCUUAAUGCAUUGGAUAUAACUACUUUUAGUAAGGCAUCUAAUGAUGGGUCAUCAAGUUCAGCAAUAAGACUCAGUUUUAGAUAUCCAGAUGCCUUUUUACCAGCUGAAGUCUCAGAACAGUUAUUGGCUAAUCUUUGUGAAAAGAAAACAUUAUCAGACCUAACAAUUACACUUUUUAAUUCAAAAUCAACCAGAUUAAGACAUGUAAGAUUAAAAGAUGCAUCUGCAUUAUCAGCAAAAGGUUUAAAAGUUUUAAAACAACAUAAAGUGGUAGAUCUGAUGGUACAUGGAUCAAAAAUAACUGCUAGAGAUUUAAUAAGCUGUUUAGGUGACUGGAGUCUACAAAAUCUUAGAUCAUUAAGUGUAGCAAAAGGAAGUUUAAUGGAUUGUUCACGGUAUUGUGCAGUGACAACAUUAUGUAAAUUAAGAUCACUGCACACAUUAGAUGUAUCAGGUACAGAAUUUAAUAAACAUGGUUUGGAGAUAGUAGUCGAGGAUCUUCCCCUUUUAGAAAGUUUAGAUAUUUCAUGUACAAAGAUUGGUGAUAUAGAACCAUUAACAAAGUGUAAAAAUCGUUUAAAGACACUUCAUAUGUAUAAUUUAAAGAUAAAUGAAGAGGCAGAUAUAAUCUCAGUAUUAUUGGAGCUGAAUGAAUUAAGAAAUUUAGAUAUUUCAGAUGAAAAGCAUACACAUGCUCUUAACUGUGUAUUGAAAUCUGAAAAGCCAAAAAUAACAGAUUUUUUAAAAGCUGUACAUUGUAUGCCAUAUCUAACUAGUUUAGAUUUAUCUGGUAAGGGUGAUAUAGAUCCAAAAAAUUUAAAAGAAUUUAUUAAAGCUCAUCCAUAUUUAAGGUUUUUGGGACUAGUAAGUACAGAUGCUUGUUAUGAUGACAGCUUAACAAAUCCAGCAGAUGAAUAUUAUAGGCCUGAACUUAUUGUUACUGGUACAGCAACAGAGUCACAAAUUUUGGAAGGUCUUAGAAGGUAUACAUGCAGACCAGUUUAUCUUGAAAAGUGUUUAUUUAAUUUAUUCCGUUUAACACACAACUUUCUUGAAUCACGAAUUGAUAUAAUAAAGUUAGUAUUACCCGCAAUGAGAGAAUAUCCCCAGGAAGUACAUGUACAAGUGCCAUGUACUGCAUGUCUUUAUAAUCUCACUAAAGGUGAAUUUUCCAUCAUGAUUCACCCAUCAAUUCUUAAACAAGUUGUUGAACUAACAAUGAUAGCAAUGGAAUUUUAUCCAACUAACUAUCGACUUCAGAUGAAUACAUUAUUAAUUUUAUGUAGUGAUAGAAUCCUACAGGAAAUUAAUUUUGACAAGUACAGAUGUGCAAGAUUAGUAUUAAAUUCUUUAUUAAUUUUCAAUGAACCAUCAAUGAAUCGUAUGUCUGUUGCUAUUUGCUCUAUACUGGCAGCAAAAAUAUCAACAAGGGAAACAUCUAUGCUUGGUGCACAACCUCACUAUAUUGCUAAAUUACUAGCAAUGGUUAGGGCUAAAGUAGCAUCUAAAUCAGUAGAUACCACAAUGAAAUUUACAUUAAGUGCUCUGUGGAAUUUAACUGACGAAAGUGCUACAACAUGUGAAGUUUUUCUAGAUGAAGGUGGAAUGGAGUUAUUUCUUAAUGUAUUAAAAAGUUUUCAAGGGCAGUUUAGUGUUGAGACUAAAGUACUUGGUUCAUUAAACAAUAUAGCAGAGGUGGUCCAUUUAAGACCAAGACUUAUGCAACCCAGGUUCAUCUCCAUGCUUUCUAUGUUACUGACAUCUGUCCACAUUGAUGUAUCUUAUUUCGCAGCAGGUAUUGCUGCACAUUUGCUUAGCGAUGGUUUGAGUGCAUGGGCUACAAUAUCUUCAGUACCAAGUAGAGAAGAAUUAUUAGCACUAUUAGCUCAUACUAUAACACAUUGGCAAACUCCUCAAGGAGAAAUGGUUGCAUAUAGAAGUUUCUUCCCAUUUCUCCCACUUUUGCGUUGUUCAGAUGCAUAUCCUGUUCAACUCUGGGCAGUUUGGGCAAUACAUCAUGUGUGCACAAAAAAUCCAAAACGUUACUGCAGUAUCUUAGUCAGGGAAAUUGGAGUUGAGAUGUUAAAAUAUUUGGAGAAUACGCAUACAGAGCAUACAACAAAACCAAACAUACAAAGUCUAUGCCGAUCAAUUCUUGAAACACUUGAAUUAAAUUCUUAAUGAUCACUGUUGCCUUCCAAAACAAAAUUUGCGUACCAUAAACUUGGUAUACUAGUCAAUGUUAAUCUCAAUGCAAUCUUAUAUCCUGUUCUUUAGACCAAAUAAUUAAAACUAUUACAUGAACAUGGAUAUUUAUCAAAA